AAACCGUGAUGAGUUGGUCGGCUCUGCAAGAUCAGACCGGCGGGCACAUACUGUACAAACACUGUAAAGCUCCAGAGAUCAGCAGUAAUGGGUACUCUACUGGCUCGGGUUAUCAUCUGUUUUUGGAUAACUUUACCCUUCUGUGUUACAGAAAAAGUUCGGGAGCGAAAGUCCCGGCAGUCUGACCAGUAUCAAACAUGCCUUCAGGGGCCAUCUGGAGUGCAGGGCAGAGAUGGUAAUCCAGGGGUAAAUGGCAUUCCAGGCACACCAGGAAUCCCUGGGAGAGAUGGACUUAAAGGAGAGAAAGGAGAGUGUGUGACAGAGAAGUUUGAGGAACCCUGGAAACCCAACUUCAAACAGUGUGCUUGGAACGCUCUUAACUAUGGUAUUGAUCUCGGCAAAAUAGCUGCGUGCACGUUCACUAAGAAGCAUUCAGACAGUGCCCUGCGUGUGCUGUUCAGUGGAUCUCUCAGACUCAAAUGUAAAACGGCCUGCUGUCAGCGCUGGUACUUCACCUUUAAUGGGGCAGAAUGCGCUGGACCGUUACCCAUAGAGUCCAUCAUUUAUCUGGACCAGGGCAGCCCUGAGCUCAACUCCACCAUUAACAUCCACAGAACAUCCACAGUUGAAGGACUCUGUGAGGGGAUUCAGGCUGGUCUGGUGGACGUUGGUAUUUGGGUGGGCACGUGUGCAGAUUACCCUCGCGGUGACGCAUCUACAGGAUGGAACUCAGUAUCCAGGGUGAUCAUUGAAGAGCUUCCAAAAUGAGCAUGACAAAAAAGUAGACCUUUAUAAAAACUAACUACCUUGGUAUAUGAAUUUGGUAAUCAACCAGUACCAUGGUAUUAUCAUUUCAUACAAUCACUGUACCAUGGUACUUCCACAGAAUUGUUUUGUGAGGGGAGUUCAAAAAUAUCAUGGAUUUGGUAGUAACUGCAGACUCUGCCUUUUGUGCACAGACAAGUACAAGUUUUUUAUCCAUUUGAUUUUUAUAUAACAUACUGUACACUGCUUUUGUACCUGUUUUGUUAAAAUAUUCCUGACAGUUUUAGUACACUUAUGUUUUCCAAAAAUAAAACAAUUUUGAAGUUUGUAAAA